CCAAACACGAUGGAAUUCUACAUACUAUAUGUUGGAAAGAUUUGUACAAUUGGAAGAUACGGUAAAAAGUACAGUGGCCCUAAUUGAAAAGGAUCUUCCACAUUUAAGUGCACUCGACUGGCAGGUGGCUAAGGAUUUGUGUAGAGUACUAAAGCCGCUGGAAAAUGCAACAAAAACGAUCAGUGGGGAUCAAUAUAUAACAGGAUCAAUGGUAAUUCCUUUAACAAAUGGAGUUUACAGUGUUUAUAUGAAUUUAAAAAAUAAAAAUAAUAUCCAGGAAAGUGCUAUGAAAGUAGUUAUUUCCAUUAUAAAAGGGUUAGACGAUCGACUUGGUAAUUUAGAAAGAAGUAAAACAUUUGCAGUUAGCACAUAUUUAGACCCCCGAUUUAAAGCGUAUGCUUUUAAAGAUGAAAUAUGUGCAGAAACUGCCAAAAAAAUAGUUACGGCCGCCGUGGCACAUCAUGUUUCAUUAAAAGCAAAACCAACUGGUGACCAAGUCGAAAAAGUGCCAAAUACUGAAGACUCUCGUGUAGAUGAAGAUGACGAAUUAUCAAUUUGGAGUUCCCUAGAAAAAUCAACAGCUACCGUAAAACCGAAAGGAACUGCAACGUCUAGGGCCCUGAUGGAAGUUCAGCGAUAUAUGGAAGAGGAUUUGCUACCCCGAAACGAUAAUCCUCUUGACUGGUGGCGAGAACAUAAAUACAGUUACCCAUAUUUAAGUAUUGUCGCUCAAGAAAAACUCAGUAUCGUCGCUACCUCGGUACCAUGUGAGCGUAUUUUUUCUAAAGCUGGAUUGGUAAUUUCAGAUCGCCGAAAUAGACUAAGUGGCAAUAAAGUAGAUAAAAUUUUAUUUUUAAAUAUGAACACUUAA